AUGGAGAACGAAUUGCAUGAAGAUGAACGUGUUCCAUUUGGUGUCUUGACUAGCAUAUCCUUUACUAUUUCGAACAAGGAAGAUACUGAAAGUAGGUCUGUCAUGUCAAUUGAGUUGUCCAAUGAGGUGACCGAUCCUAGAUUGGGACUUCCCAAUCCGUCUUCCAGUUGUUCCACGUGUGGUGCGAAUGAUUCAAAGUCCUGCGAAGGACAUUUUGGCCACAUCAAACUUCCGUUUACAGUUCUGAAUCCGUACUUUGUAUCGGAAGUUGUGCAAGUAUUAAACAAGAUUUGCCCAGGAUGUAAAUCUAUCAGGCAAGAUCUUCGGGUCAAGGACCCUGAUUCUUCUAACGGUAGGCGUCAGCCAAAGGGGUGCAAAUUUUGUGUUGGAAAUUCAUUAGAGUGGUACCCAAAAACGAAAUUUAAAGUUUCAUCAAAUGAAUAUGAUCACCUCAAGAAAAGUGCUAUUAUAGCGGAGGUAAAUGAAAGCACGGUUACACUCCAGAAUAAGAGACCAAAACGUGUGUUACCAGCUGAUUAUUGGGAGUUUCUACCAAAAGAUGAACUUCUAGAUGAAAGUUGCAUAAGACCAAACAGAAGAGUUUUGUCACAUGCUCAGGUUCAUUAUUUGUUAAAAGAUGUAGAUCCCGAAUUCAUCAAAAAGUUUGUUCCAAGGACGGAUUUACUUUUUCUCAACUGUUUCCCUGUAACUCCAAAUUGUCAUCGCGUUACAGAAUUUCAUCAUGCAUUCUCUAACGGGCAACGAUUGAAAUAUGAUGAACGAACGUCUACCUAUAAAAAAUUGGUUGGUUUUCGGGGGACGCCGAAUGAGUUGGCUUCUCGUAUUUUGGACUGUCUGAAAAUUUCCAAGUUACACUCUGAAAAAUUAUCAAGUAAGGAAGUGCUUUUUGCCCAGCAAAAGACAAAUGAGGGUCCUUCAAAUACGUCUGGUUCACGAUGGGUGAAAGAGGUUGUUUUGGGAAAACGCAGUGACCAUUGUCUUCGCAUGGUUGUCGUUGGUGAUCCAAACAUCAGGCUUAAUGAGAUUGGUAUACCCGCUCGUAUUGCAGAGAGGAUGCAUAUUUCUGUUGUUCUGAACAAAUUGAACUUGGAAAAGUCAGAUGCUUGUCGGGAUAUGCGCGUUACUGAGCAAGGAAUCUAUAUUCAUCGUGAUUCUCAUAUAGUGCGGGUACGCCCUACUGAUUUCCUGAAAAUCGGAGACACCAUAUAUAGGCCUCUAAGCGAUGGAGAUCUUGUGUUGAUAAAUAGGCCUCCAUCCAUUCAUCAGCAUUCGCAUGUGGCUUUCUCUGUUAAGGUUCUUCCGACAGGGUCAGCUUUGUCGUUAAAUCCACUUUGUUGCUCUCCUUUUCGUGCAGAUUUUGAUGGUGAUUGCCUUCAUGGCUAUAUUCCUCAAUCAGUGGCCUCUAGAGUCGAGCUCAAAGAGCUUGUUUCGUUGGAUAAACAACUGCUCAAUGGGCAAAGUGGUAAGAACCUCAUUUCGCUAAGCCAAGACAGUUUGACUGCGGCCCAUUUGAUGUUGGAGGACAGUGUUACCAUUAAUCGGUUUCAGAUGCAGCAAUUGCAGAUGUUUAUUUCGCAUCAUCCUUUGUCCCCAGCAAUUAUCAAAGCUCCCUCAUUAAGUACUCCUGUUUGGACGGGAAAACAGGUGUUCAGCAUGCUCUUACCGGAAGGAUUUGAUUAUGUUUUUUCUUCAGCUAACGUAUAUAUAAAAAAUGGGGAGCUUAUAUCUGCUGAAGGAUCUUCCUGGUUACGGGACACAGAUAAUAUUUUCCAAAGUCUUGCAAAGAACUUUCCGGAUAAGGUUCUUGACAUUUUGUUUGCUGCACAAGAAAUUCUUUGCGAGUGGUUAUCAACGAGGGGUCUGAGUGUUUCUCUUCUGGACUUGAACCUGUCGUCUGACCCAAGCUCUUGGAAAAACAUGAAGGACGAAAUAUUUUAUGGCUUACAAGAAGCGGAGCAGGCAUGUAUGUUCAAGCAGUUGCUGAAUACUUGUUGGGAUUUCCUUACUGAAGAUAGCAUGGAGGAUCUGAGUCCCAUAUCUCUUCAAGUGGAAAAAUUAAGCCAUGACAAGCAGAGAUCAGCAGUGCUUAGUCAAGCAUCUAUCGAUGCUUUCAAGAAAGUGUUUCGGGAUAUCCAAACUCUUGCCUUCAGAUAUGCAUGUGAGGACAAUUCCUUACUUACUAUGCUGAAAGCCGGAAGCAAGGGCAAUCUGCUGAAAUUAGUUCAACAUAGCAUGUGUCUCGGCCUGCAACAUUCCCUUGUUCCAUUGUCAUUUGGAUUUCCCCACCUGCUUUCGUGUGCUGCAUGGAAUGAGCAUAAAGUGUCUUGUUUAAUCCAGGAGGAUGCUGACGCUCCCAAAUCUGCCAAGUCAUACAUCCCUUAUGCUGUGGUGGGCAAUUCUUUUUUGACUGGCUUGAACCCAUUGGAAUCAUUUGUUCAUUCUGUGACAAGUCGUGAAAGUUCCUUCAGCGAUAAUGCUGAACUUCCUGGGACCCUUCACCGCAGGCUGAUGUACUUCAUGCGAGAUCUGUACAUUGCGUAUGAUGGAACAAUAAGAAACAGUUACGGGAGCCAUGUUGUUCAGUUUUAUUAUGGUACUGAUGAGGGCACCUCUGAGAUAGCUGGCCAACCUGUUGGCUCGUUAUCUGCUUGUGCGAUUUCUGAAGCUGCAUAUAGCGCUUUGGAUCAGCCAAUCAGUCUACUUGAGACUUCUCCAUUGCUAAAUCUCAAGAAUGCCUUGGAAUGUGGUUCAAAAAAAAGACAAGGUGGGCAAACUAUGUUGUUGUAUUUGUCUCGGAGACUUGGAAGACAAAGGCAUGGUUAUGAAUAUGCAGCAUUGGAAGUUAAAAAUUACUUGGAGGCACUAAUGUUUUCAGACAUUGUUUCAACCGUCAUGAUAACUUUCACUUCGCAGGCUGGUAGCCAAAAAUCUCAAAAAAGUUUCAGCCCUUGGGUUUGUCACUUCCAUAUGAGCAAGGAAAUUUUGAGGAGAAGAAGACUCACGGUGCAAUCUGUAAUUAAUUCUCUUUAUGAAAGACAUAGCACCUCCAGAAAAGGAUCAAAAGUCAAAUUGCCAAACUUGCGUAUACGGAGCAAGGAUUGUUCUGUACCCGCCACGCGUGAGGAAGACAACGACACAUGUUGCAUCACUGUUAGUAUUGAGUGCUCCAAGAAUUCUGUCAUACAGUUAAUUACAGUUCAAGAUCUGUUGAUACCUUUUUUGCUUGAAACAAUUGUAAAAGGAUUUCGAGAAAUUGAGAAGGUAGAUAUUUUGUGGAGCGAUCGAUCAAACACAUCGAAAGCUACCCGUGAUUCAUCUGGUGAACUUUACUUAAAAGUUUCUAUGUCAGGAGAUAGUGGUGUAAAAAGUUAUUGGAGUACUCUCAUGAAUGAUUGUCUGCGAAUCAUGGAUUUGAUUGAUUGGUCACGCAGUCAUCCAGAGAAUGUGAAUGAAUUCUGUUCAGUCUAUGGAAUAGAUUCUGGAUGGAAAUUUUUCCUCAAUAAUUUGGAGUCAGCAGUAUCUGAUGUUGGCAAGACUAUACUUCCUGAACAUCUACUUCUGGUUGCCAACACACUAUCAGUUACAGGAAAUUUUGUCGGCUUGACUCCGAAAGGACUUGCACGGCAAAGAGAGCAUGCUUCUGUUGCAACACCCUUUUCGCAAGCGUGUUUCUCCAACCCUGCUGCUUGCUUCAUCAAAGCUGCAAAAGCUGAAGUCACAGAUGGCCUUCACGGGACCUUGGAUGCUUUAGCAUGGGGAAACAUUCCACCUUUGGGAACUGGUGGACAGUUUGAACUUGUUUUUUCUGGCAAGGGACAUGAGGUCGAUAAGCCAAUAAAUGUUUAUGAUAUGCUGGCGACUGGCAUCAGUCCCGAUGUGCAGGGUGUAAAUGAAACACCGGAUGCCAAGAACCAUAGAUCUGUAAAAUUUGGCGCUCUGCUGUUGUACGACAAGUCUGUCUCACAAGGACUUAAAAAGUUGGGCAUUUCGAAAGACAGGAUAAAGAAGCUUUUUAAGUUGGAUGAUAUUUGGAUCCUAUCUAAUGCUCUAGCGAAAAUCUUGAACAAGUAUCCAAUAAAUCAGAGCCUAGAUCACAAGGACAAGUCAACCUUGAUGAUAGCGUUAUAUUUUCAUCCCCGGAUAGAUGAGAAAAUUGGCACAGGAUUUCAGGACAUAAAGGUUGCAUAUCACCCUAAACAUCAGAGCUCACGCUGCUUUGUGCUGGUAAGGGCAGACGGUACUGUUGAAGAUUUCUCGUAUCGCAAGUGUGUACUUGGUGCUCUUGAGAUCAUAGAUCCUCAAGCGGCAGAAAUCUACAAGUCAAACAUGCGAUAUGAUGGUAAUGAUCAAGUCCGUGUAGAUAUACCCUCAAGACCACGGAUGUAAGCUGGUCACUUUAGCAUUGGAGAAAAAUUUGGUUUUCGUUUGCCUGCAAUGUUGAUUGAUAAAUCCGAAGCCUGCAUUUUAUCUUGGGCAAUUCCAUGUUAACUAAGGUUAGUUGGCAGCUACAACUCACCUAAGCUUUUCAUUUUUUGCCGGGGACUUGGCUAGAUUUUUAUCCCGAACAAUGGCACUGACGACUCUAACAAAACGGUGGUGGUGAUUCAUCAAAGAAUGAUGUCUUUCGGAACUUUUACCUUUUGAAAGUUGUACAAGUUUUGAGGAAGAAAAAAAAAAAUAUAUAUAUAUAUAUAUAUUUUGUACACAAGUAGAGGCCCUUAGGAAAGUAGAAAGCCAUGUUCUUUUUGUACUUUCAUAGUUUCUCCUACACAUCAUAAAACCUUUCAAAAGCUUCUUUUUGCUUCUUCCACUAUAACUUUCUUUGCCUUUGCAUAUCCCAUCAGGCAGAAAAGAUGUAGUUGAAGCAGCAAAGAGAAGCUUGUAAAGGUCAACCCCAUUUCUCAUAAUGUAU